ACCAGUUAUUUUUUGUGGCAACUCAAACAAAUCCACCUGAGUCUAAAUACGCUAGCAUCAGCUUCAAGAGGUAGAACCAAUGAAAAAGCGGUUAUGUUGUCCGAUUCUCAACUGAACCGGUUGGACCGGACAAAAUAUAGAUCCAGUUGUAAAACAUAAGAAAAACCAAAAUUCCUAGUACUAAGCAUGAUUUUGUUGGGAGAGUGUUGUUGUUUCACUCUCACCAAACCUCGUUUUCUCCGACCCAACGCCGAUUCAGUUUCCAAUGUCCACAGAAGAAGAAGAACCAAAAGGGUGCAAUGUUUGCGAAAGUGUGAACUCAUAGAUUUCCAUCAAGAAUUGAUUCCUUACGAAGUGGCAUGGUCUUUACAAAAACACAUUGUCAAGGAAAAGAAAUCACAGAUUCAAAAUGAAGGAGAUUGCGACGACACUCUCAUUGUUUUGCAACACCCUUCUGUUUUUACUUUGGGUACCGCUAGUUCCAACAAUAACCUCAAUUUCGACAUUAAAAACCCUCCCUUUCAUGUUCAUCGUACCGAACGUGGUGGAGAAGUUACAUACCAUGGUCCUGGUCAGCUAGUGAUGUAUCCAAUUAUCAACCUUAGAAAACAUAAGAUGGAUCUUCAUUGGUAUCUCAGAAAACUUGAGGAGGUUGUUAUUGGUGUUCUGUCUUCAACCUUUUCGAUUCAUGCUUCUCGGGUGGAAGGUUUAACCGGUGUUUGGGUUGGAAAUGAGAAAGUGGCAGCUAUAGGUAUAAGAGUGGAUCAAUGGAUAACCUACCAUGGCUUAGCACUCAAUGUCACAAUGGAUUUGAGUCCCUUUAAAUGGAUUGUCCCGUGUGGAAUCCGCGACCGUCAAGUUGGGAGUAUCAAAGGGUUGCUGAGAGAAGCUCAGUCAUCAUGUAAUCAUGGUUUGGAUGAUGACAGUCUUGUUCAUAUUACUCAUAAGUCCUUAAUUGAAGAGUUCUCAAAAGUGUUUCAGCUUGAGUACCAUAAUAGAACUAUUUCUAUACCCAUGUUGUGUGAUAGUGAUGGAAAGGAAAUCGCAUACCAAAGAAACAGCAAACUUGAAUUUUUGUAAUGCACAUAGGCACAUAGCUUAUUUAGUUUUUUUCUUUUUAUAGAUAUGGCCAGAUUAAAGAAAGAUCUUCAAUCUUGCAAUCGAACACACUUGUUACUCUAUCUUGUGUUCUAGGAUACCAAUUGCUUGUGUUUUAGGGUAUGUGAUAACAUUAUAAACAAACUUUCUUAUGUAACAAUCUUAACAAAAGGAAGAGAAAACAAUGAAGUGAUAUUUUCAAGACAGAAGGAAUGGAAUCACAUGUUGUUUUUA